CAAAGAUCCCGCUGGGAUCACACCACUUGUGCAUGAGUAAGGUCGCACAAAGACUGUUCGAGACUCAAGGCUCUCGUGCAUUAUUAUGUGUAUGAUCUGCAUUUCACUUUGUAGAUCAAGGAUGCUUAUCAGUAGCAUAGUAGUACGGGGGAAAUGCUACACAUCCACGAGUCGACUUCCCACGUAGCAGCUGGUCUGGCCCGUGUAGAUCAUGAACUUGAUAUCUCAAGACGUCAACAAUUUCGAAGCCUGGACAGAGAUGGUCAGCAGCACUGCAGCGAGGUUCAACAACACAGUUGAAUUGCAUAAAUAUGCAUUCUCUCUUUGCACAACAAUGUGCAAGAAUCUCGAAACAUUGCCUCCAGGUGACAUUGGUAUGAUAGCUUCCGGCCAAGCCGUGCGAUGCUCCUGGCACGACAGGCCAAGUGUAUCGCGUAGCUCUUGCCAUCAUGCCCCGACAGGAUAUUCAUCAAGUUGCCCACAUCGUCCGUCCAUUGCUCCUUCAAUAGCCGCAAGUCUUUAGCAACAUCUUCUGCGGCAGCCUGUGCCUGGGCGGUGGGACAUGCAUUUUGAAGCACACCGUUUUCAACGUUGCACGGGUCCCUGUCAUUUCCAAGCCAAAGCUACAGCCAUCUAGAUAGAUGCCUGGACAAUUGACCUCUGAACUUCUGUUGUCACAUCCUCUGCUUCCAGCGCAAUGGACGCUGGUUGCACUCUGCCAGCUGUAACGCUUUCGAUGUACGGCUAAACCGGCGCAUCGACGCAUUGACGGAUACAGGCAGGUUCCUGGCUUGACACAGCAAAAUCCUUCGGCGCCUGAUGCAGAUUUCCAGCUCCGACAAGAGGUCAAAGAGAAGACUUACUCAGGUCUGCUUAGACCGCCGCCAUUCCUUGCCCUAAAGCAUCACCCAUCGCUUGCGGCAACAGUAGCAAUUGGAUGUUUUGGGUAUUUCAAGUGGGUUGAAUGCAGAGCCAGUGGUCAUAUCAAACCGUUCCUGGCGGGGGUAGAGCAUAUUGCCUUCAGCAUCUUGUCGCCCGUCGAACCUUACCAUGCCGUUGCCCUCUUCGUUGGACGGCCACUCUGGGCCGCAAUAUCCUUCUUCUGCCGCGAGUGGAGAGAAAAGGACUCACAACAGAGGGGCUGAGAUCAUUCCACAGUAAACCAGGGCUCAUGCGAGUUCGAACUGGUCACUGUCGCCCAAUGAAGAUAUAUUGCAGGCCAAUUGACACGACAGAAUCAGCAACAGCCAAUGCCUUCAGCUUUACUGUCUUUGAAAGAUGUGGAAUCAUGCCGGCGGGAAGCUGCUGCCUUACCUCUCACAUAGCCAGCACAAUUCAGAUUCGACGGUGUCAUGUUACUACUUGCUGAGCGGUGCGGACAGAUGUUGCACCGAUGCAUCUGUCCGUCCACCUCGCCGGCAGUCCUGGACCGGUCGCUAGGACGAGCCGCCACACGGGUGGCAGCGCCACGAGGACCUUCCGAGCAGUGAAUGACCUACCGACAAGAUUCCGCAAGUUCAAUCGUACGGUGGUUGCGACUCAGAGCCUAGGCUCGCGUAGAGCGAGCCAUGAGCGCCCAAGGCUAGCUGAAAGUGUAGAGUAAUUGACCGCCUCAAGCCACGGUAAUUCUAUAACUCUCCAAGCCAUGUCCAAAAAUGGGGGAUCAUGCAUUCAGUCCCGAAGGGUCUCAACUUGGGAAUCAAGAGCAAGCCAAAAACAGCACCCGAGAUGGCUGUGGGUGGUCGGCUACCGUUCAAGUUGGACUCGGUAGCCCCAGCUCUUUCUGGCAACGCCAACGCCUCUUGAUAAGUUCAGCCGCAUGCUUCCCAGGUUGUUACCUACCUGAUCUGCCAAGGGGAAGCUCGCUUGCAACACGUGCCGCUCAGUCGGGCCCUGAGCAAGUUCUCGGCUCUCACUGGUUGACAUAACUUUAGCAAACGUUGUAUGUCUCACGACUGCACCACCCGCGACCACUGCCGUGCGAACCGGGAAAGCAGCGUGGUGCAUAAGUCGGUGGAAAUACAUCCUUCGACACUGCAACUACUGUACUUCGAGUGGCUGGCUGCAUACAUGGCGCGCGCAACAGGCGCGUGACAGGCCGAUUCUGCGCCGCACGAGAAGAAAGCAAAAGCAGAAACAGGAAUAGCAGGAACAGGCAACUUGGAUGAGUUGUCUUCUCGUGUAGUCCUCGAUCUUUGGCUUUUUGAUAAGCUUCUAUUUUGGACCGUGCCUGCAUUGGCUCCAUUUAUUUAUUGGAUGGGCUUCACACGGCCAUUGCUGGCACUCAGAAUGGGAACCCAUUUCCCUGCAGCGGUCACCAAUUGGCGGAUGGGAGCUCAGUUUGAAGGUGUGCGGCUGGUGGUGAAUUGCCUGGCGAAGCUGAGGGCGACCACUGCUGGUUGUACAUGGAUACUCUGGCUUUCUGCGCGGGCCCGCCCCUCCACUGCAAUCUGCCUUGUUCAACACCAUCAUGUCCUUGUUACCCUCUUGUACCUUUGUCCUCAGGGACCUGAUUCUCGCGGUCACGGUCCAUCGCACCAUCGGAACACUGCCGGGCUGUCACUCGCAAGCCACCAGGAAUCUAUUGAACUCAAUAUUGUUUCUGCAACGCACUCUUAUCGUCAGAGGUGUUGCGAGAAUCGACAUCGACAUGGUUGGAACGCCCUCUUUGGGGCUUGGCUACUGUCCACUCUACUUGGGCGCCGGCGAUCAACGACUCCAGGUGAUCAAAAGACCAAAACCCUUCUGCCAAUCAUGCCAUAUACGAUGCAGUUAUCCUGAAUUUAGAGGCAGGUCCUGGAGCCACUUUCUCACCUUUUUAAUUCCCUCCUCUUGUCAGCCCUAACCCCAUUUCGCAUGGCCUUUUGACACGAGACCCCAGCUAACCUGGCCAUUUGCUCGAGAAGCAAAGGUAAGCUUUUUGGAGACGGUGGCUUUUUAGUAGAGUGACAUCGAAGCUUCAGCUAGGGUCCGGGUCACCAGCCAACUGGGAGGCUUGUCGUGUCUUCCUACCCCAGUGCAGAUGGGCAGAUGGGUCACCUCGGGUAUCCGCUUCGAGACAUCGUGGCGCGUGUCCCGUGUCUCACCAACACCGUUGACAUGUUUGUCACUUCGUUUACAGCACGCUGAAGUGCUGCUUGGAACUUCUCGCCUGUUUCGCCAGUUCAGCCUUGCCGGGGCCUGUCUGCUUUCCACUAGCAGUAGCUUGGGGCUCUGCGCCGAGUUUCUAUUAUUACGAGCGGCCCAUGAUGUACCAUCAAAUCAUGAGGCUUGUUUGGCCUGGCGGCGUGCCGGGUCUCUGGGGACGGCUUUUGAAGCCAAUCUCCCUUAGGAUUAAUCAACAUGGUUACAGACACGCGCCAAAAAGACGAUGACGGGGAGGUCUCCUGUUAUCUACAAGGUCACUUUACCCUGAGUUGAGGCUCUGUUGUUCUUCUUUCCUCUCGCUUCAUCAUUUCAGUCACUCGCUUACACUACGCUCCGGGGUGUGUUUGCCGUCUACACCAACGACAUCCUCCCUUAUCUAUAAAUCUGCCUGCCCAACCCAACUAAUAGUACCCUCUUAAACUACGCUUUUAACCUUUGAGACAUUUCCUACUCUUGAGAAGUCACGAAAAAAUGAAGUCAUUCAUCGGUGCCGUUGCCCUGUUCGCCGGCCUCGCCGCCGCCUACCCUGGCGAAGUUUUGCGCAAGCGAGCUCUUACCGAGCGAGACAGCGGAUGCCCGCGCGACCUCACACCGGGCCAAUAUGAGUUCCCUCACUACAUCACCCAGAUCUCCAAGUCGGAGCCAGACAAGGCGUUUGGCCCGCAAUACAACGGAGUGUUCACGCCCAACGACAUUGCGUCCAUCUUCAGCUUUGACGUUCCGGCCAGCCGCGCCGACGCCAACUGCACCCUCGAGUUCAUCUUCCCCCUGCAGUCGCAAUUGAAGACCUCGUCCUUCCAAUACGAAGGCGGCGGCAGCUUCUUCUUCAUCGGCUACAACCCAGGCAGCUGUCCCGGCCCCGAAACCACCUACAACAACCAGCCUGCUCCCGGUCCGUUCCCGCCUUUCCCGCCUAUCCACAUGGAACCGGGCAAUGCCUACACCAUCGAUGUCGGCCCUUGCUUCGUUGGUGCGGGUACCUGCGUCGCCGGUCAAACUUACACCAACGACACCUACUUUUCUUUCUUCCAGGAUCAGGAUGAGUGCCCUAUCGGCAUUUACACCGCCUAUGAGUAUGGUUUGCCUACUCCUGAAGGCGGCUUCGGUGCAUGAACUUUUCAUCAACCACCAUUCAAGGGACACCAACUCCCAUCAGUAAUGACAGCAGAACGCAAAAAAACAAAAACAUCAAUGACACGGCACUCUGUGGCUUUCACUUCGGCGUCGAUCCUUUUUCUUUCAUGACCGCUCCUCCAGCCUUGUCACACGUCGUUUGGAUCCUUAUGGCUUUCCCUCGGCGUGAUUGUGAGCGUGGGCUUUCAAAGUUAGCAACACAACAGGACUGAAUGGAGGGUGCCCGCUCAAGCUUAGUUAGUCUGAGGUCUGCCCUACGGCAUGCAUGCAACAUCGUUUGAAACAAAAACAGCCUAAUGCCUGUGCCCGUGCCUGCUGUGCUCGGGCUAAUUCAAUAAUGAUGAUUCUUCUAUCCAGCGUUGCAGGAGUAAAUGAGUUUUGUCUGCCCGAUUCAAGACUAAAUGUCCUACUUGUUGACACCACUAGAGUAGCCCCCCCUGAAAUGCUCGAUGUCAGCGUUGAUGCUCGAGUACAUUGAUGUCUUCAAUGAUUAUCUAUUUCAAGCCCGUCGUCACACACCCUCUGGCACAGCAGUAUAUUCCUUCGGGCUUUUUGAACGGGACAGUGGCACGUACUGCACUAUAUAAUCUCCAUCAUAGUCGGGAUUCUCUGAUUGAAUUUGAAUUUGAAAAUGGAGGACCAUCCUCGAACCGGAGGUACUCUGUGGCCGAGAACGCUACAUCAUAUCCCUUCAAAUCAUAGCGUACGGAAAAGGAUCCUCCUUCAGACACUAAUGCCAUGGCAAACAAUAUCACUGUCGCCAUUUUCUGUGGUCACCAAGUCCCGACCAGCAUUGACGAAUUGCAGCUAUUUCGACAGAGGCUCACGCGGACCCGCCACGUCCUCCGGCUAUCUGCGUUGGCGUCCGAGGCCGAUGGCAUAUAUGGACCAGUCCCUUGGUCCAUUUCCAGCUUUGGGCAAUAUAGUUUUGUGUGUCUGGAUCCUUGAACCCAACGUCCGACACCGGUGGACAUACAGACCAACAAGCCUAAACCUGCGGCAUACUGCAUGUCGUUGGGAAGGCAAGCUGGUGGGUCAAGGACCAUAGCACGGCGGACAUCAGACUUGAUGAACCACACGGUCUUGGAAAUAGGGACAUUGUCGAUGUUCCGAAGAAAGUUCAACUCUGCCCCGAAGCCGUAAAUGCCGCAUGAUGAGAGUAGAGAUUCUGACGCUUUCAGACAAUUUUUUCAGACACA